AUGAGUAAGAUUGCUUCAUUGGGCAAGUCUGAUGUCCAUAGGAUCACUUCUGGUCAGGUUAUUAUAGAUUUAACUACAGCAGUUAAAGAAUUGAUUGAUAAUAGUAUUGAUGCGUCAGCAAAACAAAUUGAUAUUACACUAAAGAAUUAUGGUAUAGAUUCUAUAGAAUGUUCGGAUGAUGGAGUUGGUAUUUCUGUUGAUAAUUAUGAAUCUUUGGCUCUGAAACAUUAUACUUCGAAAAUUUCAAAUUUCGAAGAUGUUUCUUCUGUACAAACUUUAGGGUUUAGAGGUGAAGCACUUUCAUCAUUAUGUGCUAUUUCAAAGGUAUCUGUAGUCACUACCACUAAAGCUCCUCGUGCUGAUAGAUUAGAGUACGACAUGCAUGGGACAUUGAUUGGUAAAUCUACGACAACAAGAAAUAAAGGAACUGCUGUUAUAGUUUCGCAACUUUUUAAUAAUCUACCGGUUAGAAGAAAAGAAUUCAUUAAGACUAGUAAAAGACAUUUUACAAAGUGUAUAAAUUUGAUACAAAGUUAUGCCAUUAUACAGAAUGACGUCAAAUUUACUGUUUGGCAUGUUACACCAAGUGGUAAAAAGCAACAAAUACUUUCCACUUUAAGAAAUAAUAGCAUUCAAAAGAACAUACUGAGUAUAUUUGGAUCUAACAGUUUACAUGGACUUUCUGAUAUUGAUGCUGAGAUUGAUUUGAAUCCUUAUAAACCUUCUUUUGGUAAUAAAUACGUUAUGGACACUGGUUUUGAACAAUUGGACUACAAGAUAAGGGCUAAAGGGUUAAUCUCUAAGAAUUCAUUUGGAUGUGGUAGAACUUCCAAAGAUAGACAAUACGUUUACAUUAACAAAAGACCUAUUGAAUACUCCUUAAUCAAUAAAUGUUGUAAUGAAAUUUAUAGACAAUACAAUAAUGUACAAUACCCAGCAUUUUUUAUAGACUUUGAAAUCUCAUCGGAACUGAUUGAUAUUAAUAUAACACCAGAUAAACGUACUAUUUUAUUUCACAAUGAGAGAUAUGUUAUAGACGUUUUCAAAGAAGAGUUAAUAAAAUACUAUGACAAACAAGAAUUCUCACUUCCGAAACAAUCCAGAAUAAAAUCAUCUGAGGAUGAGAUAAGAUUAAAACUCGAGUCACAAGUCCAAAACAUUCAAUCAAUAAAGAAAGUUGAACCUGAUAUAAUAAAUGAAUCUGAGGGUCAUAAAUCCCUUGAGAUAGAUAUGCCUUUUGAUGAUGAUACGAAAUUAAGUACACAAGAUAGCCUUAAUGAUGGUCAGUCAGAAACUAACAAGUUAGAUAAUGAUGAAUUCAUUUCGCAAAGUUCCCUAGUCCAAAAUAAAGAAGACGAAUCUGAUAGUAGUGAAAAAAUACUUGAAUAUACGCAGAAAUCUUCUUCAGGUAGGAAAAGAAGGUUAAGCGAUGAUUAUGAAGAACUCGAAACCUCAAGAAGUGAUAAAUCAGAGAGUACUGGACGAUUACAUGAAAAUUCUGGCGAAGUUAAAAAUAUAGACAGUGCUGUGGAACUGAUAAAUUCUGAUAAUGAUUUCUCAAAUGAUGAAGUUAGCGAUGUGACCAUAGAAAAAGGAUCUGUCGUAACUAAUAAAAGAACAGAUAGUUACCGCCCUUCAAAAAGAACAAAUAUUGCUUCAAAUUUAGCAUUAGAUUCAUUUAUCAAUCCACACUUUGAAGAAUCUACCUUAUUGAAUAAUAGUCAAACCUUUCAGAGGAAUGAUGUCGAGAGUGAAGAUGUUCUGGUAGAGAUAGAGGGUGAGACCGAGCAACACAAGGCUGCCUUAUUUGACGAAAAGCUUCAUUUUAUUUCUGAUGAGCCAAUGGAUAAAACUGAAGUAGCAAUUAUAACUGAUUCAAAUAAUUCAUUGGAAGAAGGUUGUCAUAGUAAGGAAAAUGACGAAUGUUGUAGCGAGUCUGAUUCCAUUCUGGAUAUCCAGUUAGCACCAGAAGAAUUAAACAUUCGAACUCCAAUAUCAUAUUCAUGGGGAGGAGGCAAAGUAAAAUACUCAUAUAGAUCACUAACUGACUCUACGGCUAAUUCUGAAUUAGAUGCGCCAAUAGUAGAAACUUCAUUAGAUGUAGAACCUCUAAACAGGUUGAUUGAAGAAUUGAGUGUGAUUGGAAAUUUGAUAACUUCGAAUCAUGAUAAUUCCCAUAAUAACGAAGAAACUAGAAAUUAUAAAAUUGAGGAUAUUGAAGAAGGUGAAAAGUAUUUGACACUUACUGUUAACAAAGAUGAUUUCAAUAGGAUGGAAAUAGUUGGACAGUUUAAUCUUGGUUUCAUUAUAGCGACUCGAAAAGUAGGUGAUAAGUAUGAUUUAUUUAUCAUUGAUCAACACGCCAGUGAUGAAAAAUAUAAUUUUGAAACCUUACAGAAAUCUACGGUAUUUAAAUCACAGAAAUUAAUUGUACCCCAACCUGUAGAGUUGAGUGUCAUUGAUGAAUUACUUGUUAUCGAAAAUAUUGGAAUUUUUGAGAAAAAUGGUUUCAAAAUAGAAGUUGAUGAAGAUGACACACAAGGCAAUAAAAUCAAGUUGGUUAGUUUACCUGUAUCAAAAAGGACGUUGUUCGAUAUUAAUGAUUUCAUGGAAUUGCUUCAUUUAAUAAAAAAUAAUGUUGGUAUUAUCAAGAGUGAUAUAAAAUGUACAAAAAUUAGAUCAAUGUUUGCAAUGCGUGCAUGUAGAACGAGUAUUAUGAUUGGUAAACCUCUAACCAAAAAAACAAUGUCUAAAGUAGUUAAACAUUUAAGUGAAUUGCAUAAACCAUGGAAUUGUCCUCAUGGAAGACCGACGAUGAGACAUUUGAUGGAAUUAAAGCAAUGGGAUAAUUUUAUUGAUGAUUAUAGUAUAUAA